GCUGGGAGGCCCUCCCUGCGAAGCCUGCUAUGGAGGAGAUGGUGGUCGACCCGUCUAGCGGCAGGGACAGGCCUCCCGUCGCAAGGAAGCGCCUCAGCUCCUCGGUGGAAUCAGAAGCUGCCGAUUCCGAAUCUGACGCCAGGUCGGACGACUCGGACGCCUUUAUACCUGCUAAGCAUCGGCGUUCAAGACGGAAGUCUUCGACAUCGUCAUCAAGCGAAGCAACCAUUAUAUACAGCAGCAUCGUGACUACGACAGUAGCCUUCGUACCAGUCGACGUGAUGGUAAGCCUGAAUGCCAUCUCCAAACAGAAAUUGCAUGAUUUCUUCUUCAAACUGGCACCGGGUCUUAUUCAAGAGGUUCGAGUAAACCCAAGGAAAAAUAUCAUUGCCGUGGACACAACAGAUGAGAAGACGGUGCAAACUCUACUUGGUCUGUCUCAACUCUGUGGUGUCAACACGCGGGCUUACAUACCUCAGGGAGCGGAUGUAACAGCUGGCGUCAUAUCCGAUGUUGACCUCGAACUUCAAGACGACGUGUUAAAAAGUAUGAUCGUUUGCACGCCACCAUGCAAAAUCAUCAGCGUUCGACGGCUCGGCUCGUCAAAGUGUGUGAAGCUUCUUUUCGACUGUGCAAAACUGCCUAGUCAUAUAAAGGCUGGACUAGUGCGAUACCCAGUUCGGCCUUUCGUACCAAGACCCUUACAGUGCCGCAAAUGUUUAAAGCUUGGUCAUGUGCAGGGUUUCUGCACAAGUGCUGUGGUGUGUGCCAAAUGUGGUCAAAAUCACGACGCAAAUUCUUGCGACAGUCCGACAUCUCGGUGCCCGAACUGUAACGGUGAACACUUGGCAACAGACAAAGAAUGUCCCACACUGAAGAAAAAACUAAAGUUCCUUAAAAAGAAAGCUAAGAAGAAAGCAUCAGGAGAGAAGCCGAGUAGCCGCAGUGCCCGUCCAGCGGCUACAAAUGGCAAAACUGAAGAUAUACCCGCACCUACUCUGCUGGCGGCCUCGAGAGACACCAAUCCUGCGCUCUUUGGCGCCAACCCUCCCCCUCACAAAAAGAUAGCCAUGUGCGGGAGCACAGCAGGAGGCCGGACGUGCGCAUUUUCCCGCCAGGAAUGCAGCAUCGUCAUGUGA